AUGCCACAAAAUCUUCCAUCAGAAAUUCCUCUGGGUCGCUUCAUCUUUGAAAGGCUACACCAGCUGGGGAUUGAUACGAUUUUCGGUGUCCCUGGUGAUUUCAACCUCGCACUGCUCGACCACGUUUAUGAGGUUGAAGGACUGAGAUGGGCUGGAAAUGCCAACGAACUGAACGCUGCAUAUGCUGCCGAUGGUUAUUCGAGAAUUAAGGGUAUCUCGUGUUUAGUUACCACCUUUGGUGUUGGUGAACUGAGUGCUCUUAACGGUAUUGCUGGAGCCUAUGCCGAACAUGUUGGACUCAUCCACAUUGUUGGUGUUCCUUCUAUUGCUGCAACUCAGAAGCAAUUGCUGUUGCACCACACCCUUGGAAAUGGUAACUUCACGGUGUUCAGAGAAAUGUCCGAAAACAUCUCUUUGACUUCCACUGUUCUAUCCGAUCUGGCCACUGCUCCUUCCGAGUUGGACCGUUGCUUCAAAGCUGCUGUGAUCCACAAGAGACCUGUUUACAUUGGAAUUCCAACCAACUUCUUUGAAGACGGAGUUGCAAGCAGUUUGCUAGACACUCCAUUGGACCUUGCACCAAAGCCUAACGACGAGGAGGCCGAAGACGAAGUUGUUGAUACCAUUCUCGAGAUGGUCGGCAAGUCCAAGAACCCUGUUUGGCUUUUGGAUGCGUGUUGCACACGUCAUGAUGUUAAGGAGGAGGCCAAGCAACUUGUUGACAUCACCCAGUUCCCCGUCUUUGUGACUCCAAUGGGUAAGUCCUCUAUCGAAGAGGAUCAUCCUCGUUUCGGAGGUGUGUAUGUCGGAACAUUGUCCAACCCAGAUGUCAAGAAAGCAGUUGAGAGUGCCGAUCUUGUUCUGUCUAUUGGUGCUCUUUUGUCGGAUUUCAACACUGGUUCGUUUUCGUAUUCGUACCAGACGAAGAACGUGGUGGAGUUCCAUUCGGACUACUGUAAAAUCAAACAGGCUACCUUCCAAGGUGUCCAGAUGAAGCAUGUUCUCGCACGUUUGAUUGCCUCCAUCAAGCCCGUUGUCAAGUCAUAUACACCUGCCGUUGUGCCUACCUCUCCACAGGCCUGGAAAACCAUUUCGCAUGACCCAUCGACCAAGUUUACCCAACAGUGGCUUUGGUUACGUAUUUCUUCGUUCUUGAAGGAGGGUGAUAUCGUUCUGUCCGAGACAGGUACUUCUGCCUUCGGUAUUAUCUCUUCUCACUUCCCAAAGAACACUGUGGGUAUUUCUCAAGUUUUGUGGGGAUCCAUUGGAUAUACCGUUGGUGCAACUCUUGGUGCUGCUAUGGCUGCCCAAGAGAUUGAUCCAUCUAAGCGUGUGAUCCUCUUCAUUGGAGACGGUUCUCUUCAGCUGACAGUCCAGGAGAUCUCGACAAUGGCCCGUUGGGGUCUCAACACCUAUCUGUUUGUUCUCAACAACAACGGUUACACCAUCGAGAGAUUGAUUCAUGGUAUGACGGCUCAGUACAACGACAUCCAGAUCUGGGACCACCACAAGAUGCUGCCUUUGUUCUCGGGUAACCACGACUACGAGAAUCUGAAGGUGGGUACUGUGGCUGAGGUUGAGGAGCUGUUCAACGAUGCCGAGUUCAACAAGCCUAGUAAGCUGAGAAUGAUUGAGAUCAUGCUUGACGAGAAAGAUGCCCCAGACAACUUGGUGAAGCAGGCCGAGAUCACUGCGAAAACUAAUGCCGCCCAGAAUUGA